CCCUGCGCGGGCGCCCGAAGCUGCUUGAGCGCCGCACGGAGCGCGGCUCGGCAGCAUGGCGGCGCCCAUGAGCUGCUGCUUGAGGAGAGUUUGGGCUCAAUGUCCUCGCUAUGUAUUUCCCAGGAUUGCUCAACAUGUCUCAGCGGUUUCCUGUUCUAUAAACAUACAGCAGUCCAGUAGACCCUAUGCAGCUGCCGCAAAAUCUGCAAAAAAACCAGCAAAGGAUGUGAAACAGAAAAAAUCUGAAACAGCAACAGCAAAGGGAGAGAGAACUUCGAGACCAUUGGCAAGCACGCCAGUGGAUGACGUGUAUUUAGUGUGGUUGUAUAAAAGGCCAGUGUAUGAGGUAGAGGUGGCUCUGGACAUGCUGAGGAAGUUUCAGGAAUUGGACUUCACUAAUCCAAAACAAUACAUAUAUGUUAAUAUAACCCUGGAUAUGACACUGGAAAAGAAGAAAAAAGUGGAUCCAUUUGCGAACACCAUUCAUCUUCCCCAUCAUUUUGUAGAGGAAAUUAAUAAAAUUUUGGUGUUUACAGAGAAUGCAGAACAAGCUGAAAUAGCAAAAGAAAAUGGAGCUGCCUUUGUAGGAGGGACUGAAUUAAUUCAAGAGAUUUUGGACGAUGAAAUCCAAGCAGACUUUUAUAUAGCUGUUCCUGAAAUAAUUGGAAAACUGAACCUUUUAAAGAGCAAGCUAAGAAAUAAAUUUCCAAGCAGCAGAAAAAAUUCUUUGGGUCCUGAUAUCCCCCAAAUGCUGGAAUUCUUUAAAACAGGCCAUGCAUAUAUGGUGGAAGAAGAUUGUCUAAUCAAGACAAGAAUAGGAAGACUGGAUAUACCAAAUGAACAAAUACUUGCCAAUCUGGAUGCUGUUAUUAAGGAUAUCUGUACAUAUAGGCCAUUGAGCUAUGGCCCGUUUGUGCAACGUUUGGUUAUUCGAAGUUCAACCAGUGAAGGCUUACUAAUACCAGCUGACCGUUUUCUCCCUCAAGUAAAGGAUGUGGAAGAAGAUACAGAAAUAGAAGAUUCAAAGUAGUCUUUAAAUGUACUGUGCUACAAAGACUUUUAGCAUUUUCUUCAAGGAUUUUAUGGAGGGGAUCAAAUAUUGGGCUGAGCUUUUAAAAAUGUGUUUUCUGAUUAAUGUGUUUAAUCACUGAAAACAUCAGAAACAACUGAUGUAUCCUAAUUUCAUUUUAGUGGAAAGAAGCAAAUAAAAGUCUUCUAUUUAUGAAAUGUUAAUUUUAAGUCCCGAUGUAUAAAGAGUAUCUUUGGAUUUGAGCCACGGUCAGUAUUCUGCAUUUGAGCUUUUAAGUUUGUAUGUUUUAAUUUACCUGCAGUUUCUUUAAAAAUACCUCUCAUUCUUGAAUGACCUUCCAGGAUAGUGCUCUUUAUAGAUAUGCUUAAUAAAAAUGAUAACCUACUUGUUCUACACUUUGCUGGUUUCAGCCAGAGCAGAGAAUACUUCGUGCUUUGAAACUUAGCAUACAAAAGAGAAAUUGGUGAAACUACUUGUUGAUAGAUAUACGUCUACUAGACAAAUGAAAUCUGCAUUGAUUCAUCAUAUAACAUUAUAAAACAGUAACUCCACUGCCUUCAGUAGCAUUAAUGUGAUGCAGCACCUUUUUUUUUUUUUGGUUGCUGCUACCUUCUGGGCAAAUUUACUGCUGGAUAAAUCAAAACUAAAUGUCAGUUUCAAAUGUCUGCCUUUGAGUGCAGAGCCUUCUCUUCCUCCUGUGCAGCCUGCUGCAGCUAAGAUAGUGCAGUUUGCUCAGGAUUUGCCUUGAGAUUCUCCUCUGUGUUCAAGUGGCCAUGGCCCAAGUCCACUGAGUGGGGAAGAUUACCAAUGUGGUGUAAAGCUCAUUUUUGGACUUCCCUGGCUGGAGUUCCAGUAUUUGUUUUCUAAACUAAAAUGAAAAUGGCUGCCCAUAUGAUCUUUCCUCCUUUAAUGUAUAUAUUGUGCAUAAACAAUUUUGGAAUUGAAAAGUUACAGCAAUAUGUAAAGCCAAUACAUUAUAUAUAUUAGUAAAUUCUCUAUUUUAUUUGUGCUUUUUAAAUUCAUUUCCCCUCCUUGAGAAGCUUUAACCAUAACAGGUAUUUGAAUGCUAAAUCUGAGUACUGUGUCUUUUUGCCAAUAGUGCAGCAAGCUUCAUGUCUGUUUUUAUCUGCAGAAAUUUCCUGAGGAGGGUCUUUUCACCCAAGUAGCAUCAUCUUCCCUUCCAUCCAAGCCGCUCUAUGGAGUGUCACUCUUGAUGAGCUUGUCUGCAUAUCCACAUGGAUGGAAUUUCUAGGGUAGAUAUCUGACUAUAACCAUUCUUACAUAAAUUCCCCACUCAUGGUCUGUAAAGCUGCAGAACAUGGAAGGGUAUAUGUGAGUAGGAGGCAGUGAUAGCUGUGAGAUGUCCUGCUUUGGGAAUAGUGCCAGGCCUCUGCCUUUGUAUGUGAAGAAUCAAGCCUUGUAAGGUUUGCCUGAGGAUGUCAGUGCCUUCAAGUGUGAGAAGGGCCACAACUCCUGCAAGAAUGAUAUGAAAGAAGCCAGCUGAGUUUCUUGUCUCCUUGGCAUGCUUUGACUGUUGUGAUGCAUUGGCUCUUGGGUACUGCAAGUGAUUAUUUAAAGUUGGCUGGAAGUUCUUCAUCAGAAAAUCUUUUUAACUUUCAUAUUACUUUAUCAGUAAAAUGAACCUCUCGA